AUGGACCGUCUACACUCCGACCCCAGCCUUUUAGUCUGUCCUGAUUUCCUUAGUGAUCCAUACCUCGCUAGUCGCACCAGCCUCGUCACCCCUACUACCACCGAAGCGCAAGCUGUGGAACUCCUCCACGCGAUCUGGCUCACCACCAACAAUGCCUUGCGUUCACAAUGGCAACAGCAGCUCGCAGAAGAUGAGUGUCUCCAAAACGAACAUCAACGCUUAGCCGAAGAAGAAGCCGAGUGCCAUCAACAGACUCUCCAUCUAGUUGAAGAAACAAACAAAGCCGACGAACGAAAGAAGAACCGUUCCAAACACUUACCCAUUCCCAUGCGCCCUCGUCCUGAUGCAACUGACAAUGAAGUGUUGGUCUCAGACUUUGCCCUCCGGAAGAUCGACAAAGGACACUACGUCGAACUUUAUUACUGGACGAACACUGGAAUCCAAGAAGCCCACUCCACGUAUCGCACUCGAGAUGAUGAAGGUAUGCUUCCAACUACUAGCGCAGAUGGCUCCACCACAUGGAUCACUGCAGCUGGAGCUAAACCAUCGUCGGCUGUUGUUGCUGAUCGUAAUCUCUCUCCGGUUGAAUUUGCUCAAGCAGUACCACGGAUGAUCUCCGCUUUA